UUUCUUCUUUUCAGUUUUUCUUUUCCUGAACUUCUUUGUUUUGUUUUCUUUUUAUUGUAUAUUCACUAUUCAGUUUCUUGUCAUAUACCCAGUUCAGAUCUGUGUCUAUACAUUUAGUAAUCAACCUGAAUUCUUGUUUUGAUGAGUGGAUUUUCAUUUAAGUGGCUUUUAAGCAGCUGGGGUUGUUUGGAAAUUUUGGUUUCUCGUUUGUAUGUUAUGUUCAUGCACCAUUGACUUCUCAUUUUUCUUUUUUCUUUUAAUUCUAUCAUGCAGAUUGCUGCUUGCUUCGUUUUCUACCUGGGAUUAUCGUAAUUGGCUUUCUGGAUUUUUUCUUCACGAGGAUAUAGAGGUUUUAUUGUUUGCAAUUGUCUGCUAGACCUGUGUAAAUGAAAUAGGUUUAAGUGGGUUUGUUGGCAUUUUUGUUUAAAUGCUAUUGUUGGUAGUAUAGCUGGGUUCAGUUGAUUUGUGACUUCUGAUAUUCUAACCCUGGACUUAAAAAGAUGACUGGAAGGAAAAACAUGGGGCGAAUAUCGCCAUUUUUUUUGGUGCUUUUAUCACUUGGGUUUUUCUUUGCAACAUAUAACUUGUUGACAUUGGCAAUACAAUAUAAGAGCUCCAAAUCAGGAGAUGAUUCAGAAUUAUCUGAUCCUGUUACGAGGAUGCCUAAUGAAGUAAACAGGUUAAGAAAAUCAAGUUUGAGUUUCCAUGUUGCCCUUACGGCUACUGAUGCUCCUUAUAGCCAAUGGCAAUGCCGGAUUAUGUACUACUGGUACAAGAAGAUGAAAGACAUGCCUGGAUCAGACAUGGGAAAAUUCACUCGAAUUCUGCAUUCAGGAAAAGCUGACAAUUUGAUGGAUGAAAUUCCAACGUUUAUUGUUGAUCCUCUCCCGGAGGGCCUAGAUCGGGGUUAUAUUGUCUUAAAUAGACCAUGGGCUUUUGUGCAAUGGCUGGAAAAAGCAACAAUCGAGGAAGAGUAUGUUUUAAUGGCAGAGCCUGAUCACAUAUUUGCAAAUCCUUUGCCUAACUUGGCACAUGGAGACCAUCCAGCGGCAUUUCCAUUUUUCUAUAUUAAACCAACUGAGCAUGAGAAAAUUAUUAGAAAAUUUUAUCCUGAGGAGAAGGGUCCCGUGAACAAUGUUGAUCCAAUUGGCAAUUCUCCUGUAAUAAUAAAAAGGUCCCUGCUGGAGGAAAUUUCACCUACAUGGGUGAAUGUUUCCUUAAGAAUGAAAGAUGACCCAGAGACUGAUAAGGCAUUUGGUUGGGUGCUAGAAAUGUAUGCAUAUGCAGUAGCAUCGGCUUUGCAUGGUGUUCGACAUAUACUUCGUAAGGACUUUAUGCUUCAGCCACCAUGGGAUUUGGAAGUUGGGAAAAGGUUUAUCAUCCAUUAUACUUAUGGAUGUGACUAUAACUUAAAGGGAGAACUAACAUAUGGGAAAAUUGGAGAGUGGCGAUUUGACAAGAGAUCAUAUCUAAGUGGUCCUCCACCAAAGAAUCUCUCUUUACCCCCACCAGGAGUCCCUGAUAGUGUGGUGAGACUUGUAAAGAUGGUAAACGAAGCUACAGCUAAUAUUCCAGGCUGGGACUCGGUAAACAGUGGUUGAAAAUGAAGUGAUCAUAAGUACAUUGAUCCUUUGGUUAGUGUCAUGGCAUCCUUCCCAGGAGAUUCAUUCAUACUAUAAAUAGGAUAAGAAAGAGUGGUAUAGAUAGAAAAAUAGGAAUGUUUUUACAACUUACAGGAAGGGUUUUGGAAUUGACCGUUUGACGCUAUUGAAUUUAUCAUGGGAGCCUCUGAAUUCUUUUUGUACACAUACUACUGCAUUUGAAAUUAGAGUUGAAUUUUGUAUCUUGGAAUGUUUCAGACCUGUAAAUUGAAAUUUCCUUGUUUUCAGAAUCGACAGUACUGUAAAGCUUUUUGCUGGCCUUGUCACUAAUUGUGGCUUAUGGGGCAUUUGUACUAGUAAAUAAGUUCUAAACCUUAUCAGUUAACUGA